GCAAUGCUUUCGAAAAUAACGUGCCUGCGGCUCAGUUGUGUCGACUGGAAGGCAGGAGUUCAGACAUGUUUUCUUAUAGUUUAAAGUUUAUGGUGUUUGAUAGACCUGAUUGAUUUAAUGUAGAAUAUAAUGCGUGUUAUACUUCUGUUCGCACUGCUGGCUAUACUUGUUGAUUCUUCUUAUUCGCGUUCUCAAGAGAUAAUCGCUUGCCAAGGUGACGAACUGGAAAUUGCAUGUGAAAACAACAACACAGUAAUUUAUAUUGAAGACGCAUUUUAUGGAAGAAAGAAUAUGAGCGUAUGUGCAGAUCCAAAUAGUGAAUUGAAUCAAGUACAUUGCAUUGCAUCGAAAUCGUUGCCUCGGGUGUUUUCAAAAUGCCAUAUGAAAAAAUCUUGCACCAUCGAAGCAACGAAUGAAAUGUUCGAAGUUGAUCCGUGUCCUAGACUUCGAAAUUAUCUACAAAUUCAGUAUCGAUGUGCCGAAAGAGGCACAGAUAUAUUAGGAGAAUGUCCUUUCGAGUUUUGGUACAGAUGGAUGAAUGGUGAUUCGCCAUCAGGAACAGGAGACUACGAAACGUUUUAUCGCCACAAACAUGAGCUUCCGAAAUGGUGCGAAAGUCCAGAUGCUGUACAAAUCCAGCUAGCUGACGGAAGUCCGAUUCAUACUCGCAAUGAUGUUAUAAAGACUGGUGCCCAAUAUGGUAUAUCAUGCUCUAAUGUGCACCAGGAUGGAUCAACAUGUGGGGAUUACAAAGCACGAUUCUGUUGUUCUUCCGAUUGUGCGAUAGAGAUUGCUGAAGGUAAUGAAGGAACAAUUUCAUCACCGAAUUAUCCCGAUAAAUAUGAGCCAAAUACCGAUUGCUCUUGGAUGUUCAAAACUUCAUAUGAUCGUUAUUUCUUAUUUACAAUCACAAAUCUCCAACUUGAAUACAGGAAUAAAUGUGUGUUCGACCACUUAAGUAUCACAGACCUACUUACGAGAAAAGAAGUUUUUCAUGAUUGCAAACUAACGGGUAAUUCGUCUGUAAUAGAAGUAUCCGGUAAUCGUGCUCAGAUUCGAUUUAUAACCGACAGGGACAAUGAAGGACAAGGAUUCCAGAUAAACUGGAAAACAGUAAAAGUUCCAGUAUGCACUCCGCCUUCUGCACCCCUUUCGGGAGGUUUCGAUCCUAUUGAACAAGCUUUAUGGAGAGUAGGAACAGUGGUGGUAUAUCGGUGUGACGAAUAUUUUCUCAUGGAAGGACAAGCAAUUGUUCAAUGUAAAGCGAACCGUAAAUGGUCUCAUCCACGCCCAUUGUGCAAAGCUGAGUGUGCACCAGUUCCCAACGACUAUUUUCAAAGGAUGCCAGAUUUUUGUACGAAGGCUGACGGAUCACCGAAGUUUGUUAACGUUGGAAAAUGUUCCAAGAACAAAUGUAAAAGCAAAAAGAAAAUAGGUUUGGACAAAGCGAAUUGCUGCGAAGCCGUCGAAACUGAAACUACAAAUGUUGACUGUGGAUCAUUUUACGUUCCUAUCACAAAGACCAUCCGAUGCGAAUGCGGUGAAUGUGUUGAAGAUGAAUUGAUAAUUAGUGGAAUUGUUGCUGGCGGAAACAACGAGGAGGCUGUAAUAAACGGAUCUGUGAAAUAUCUUGAUGAAGUAGUUGCAACUACAGAUGAGUCAGGGCAAUUUCUGUUUUCAUUGAAAACAUCAAAAACAAAGAUUUCUUUAACGUUUUUGGAUUAUUCAACUCGAAAAUUUUUACCUAAGACUCAGAUUAUAGAAAUAUCCCCUGGUCAACAAAAAUUUGUCAAAGUACAAAUGAAGAAAAAACCUCCAGUAGUAUAUUUGAAAUCUAAUGUAGAAUCGAAAAUAGAUCUUAAAUCUGGAUCACCAGACGAUUAUGAAGAAAAUAUUCAACCGUUGGUGGGAGAAGUGGUAAUUGCACCGGGUUCUAUAAAAGAUGGAAAUGGAAAUGUUUACGAAGGAGAGGUCGAAAUGUACGCUCAUUUAGUCGAUAAUGGAAAUCCUGAAUCUUGGAAAGAAGCACCAGGUCCCUUCAUGGCGGCAUCAAACGAGGACGAAGAUGAAUUGGAAGCUUUAGAAAAUUAUGGGAUUUUUCAGUUUCAAAUCAACAGUCCUGAACAUGAACCAUUAGAAGUUGAAAAUAUGGAAAUAAAGAUAAAUGUGUCACAUGUUGAAAAAGAGCAACUUGAUAAAUUAGGAAUGUAUUAUUUCGAUAAUGCAAAAGGAGUGUGGCAAGAGGACGCUCCAAUGUUGAUUUAUCACGAUGAAAGUGCCAGAGAUGAAAAGUCCACAUUUUUGAUCGGAAACAUUAACGUGACGGUCGACAGAAUUUGGAGUUUAAAUGCAGUAGUGAAUGAAUAUUGCUACGCCAAAGUUCGAACAUAUGCAUCGUCAAAUUUUGACCACCGUGAUCAAAUGGACGGAGUGUCAGUUCGUGCUGUAUACAUGGGAGAUGAUGGCAGAUGGAAAGGAUUUUCAUCCGAAAUGACAAUGGACGGAAGUGGAGCCUGCAUCAUGGUACCAUGUACUGGGAAAUCACGCGAAUUGCGCCUCAUCCAUGUUACUGCUACGGAUAAUGAUGCUAAAGAAUUAUGGGCUGUUUCUUCCAAACCCUUCAGACCAAAAAACGCAGGAUUCAGUAAAUACAUCAGCAACGUCCUAAAAUAUAGACGACGUGAUCACGAUGAUAGGAAGCUAGAUAAAACAUCUUUUAAUAUCACAAUAGCAAAAAACUUUGAUUCCAGGGAUCGUUGGUACGGGCCAAUAUACGCGUCAUCAUCAGCCGAGAGAUGCUUUCUAGCGCCACCUACUGAUGACCAUUUCAGGUUUUAUAAACAAACUGAAGGGAUUCGAGGAAAGUCCGCUAUAACUACAGAGUAUAAUGCGAUACCUUCUGAUGGUGAUUCUGAAGAUCCAAGAUAUUGGGGAGAAUAUGAUAAUUAUAAUCAAGUGUGCUUCAUCAAGGUAGCCACCCGUGGUUCGCGGAGAAUACUAAUGCGAGCAACAAGCAGUGGAGGUAUACAUCCUAACGUAACCGGGCAGUUAUACGGCUUUCGUCAAAAAUUUGUAAGUGGUGGGGAGGAUAUGUCAUCAGCAUGUAUUGAAUUUAAAUGUCCGAGAUAUUUUCAAGACGGAAUUUUGGAACAACCGCUGAUUUCACUUAACAGUCCCGAUGGAAAUUGCCAGCUUGAAGAUGUUAACCCUCUACUUCAAUAUUACAUUACAUUUAUGAAUCCAGAUUUUGAACAUUCCCAAAUAGGAGAUGUCAGUUUUAAAAUGAUGUCUCCCACUAGUUCAUUGGGAUCUGACUUUGGAAUUUAUGUUUCGAAAAUGGCAAGUAUAGACGACGCAAAAUCGAAGGCGCUGAACCAGUGCAGUGAAGGAUCAACUUUCCAACCGCAUACAAAACCAUUCAAACAUGAUGCAGGAAUAGCAAUAACUUUUAAUUGUUAGUUACAGUCCACGUUUAUAUGAGAUUCGCUUACAAUAGUAUUUUAGAAAAAAUAUUUUAUCUUUUCUUCUAUAAAGCCAGCUCAAUUAGGCAAAAAAGUUUAUAAAACUCCGA